AAUAAAGAUACCGUUCUGAAAAAAAAAAAAAAGAGAGAGAUAAAAUCGUUCUGAAUGAUCUCCCUCUGCUCUCCUUUCAUUCAGAUUCUCUUUCAACAAAUUGGGUUGAUUAAUCGACAUGAUCCAUCUCUAUGUUUUGUCCAAGUGAUAGACUGCAGUUUGGUAAAGGGGGUGGGGUGAGUGGUAGGCUAAUCAACAGAAGAAAAGGGAAAGAGCUAUCAUGGCGGAAAAUGGAGUUUUUUCUCGGUUUUUUUCUUUUCCAGACCAGGGCAAAAAGAACCCGCAAAAAAAAAAAAGAAAAAAAAAAAAAGCCUUUCCCGCUCACCCCCGCCCUCUUCCCCCACAUCCCACCCACCGUUCUGCUUUCUUUUUCUUUUUUAGCCAUAACAGCACUCACCAUGGCCAAAGACGAUACUACAAGUAACCCACCUGAAGGUUGUCCUAUGCACAAUAAGAAUGACAGCCACACGACAAAAGAAAGACCUACCACCUCCAUGCCAGAAGCAGACGGUCCUUAUUGUCCCAUGCCUUCCAAGGAACGUGAAGCACAGCAGCAACCCACCCAAAAGACCCCCACCAUUCCACCGGGAUGCCCUAUGCAUAACAAUGAAGAGGCCAUCAAUUUACUCAACAUGAUGCCCUCCCACUUGUCUCAAUCCGCGCAUAACGAGCAGACGAUCCGUUUGCCUACAGAAAGAGUCAUUUCCUCCAUUCCAAAAGCAAAAGGAGACGAUACAGCUGCGAAAUGGGAAUACCCGAGUCCUCAGCAAUUCUAUAACGCUCUCAAGAGAAAGGGAUGGGAAACACCUGAAGAAGAAAUUGAGACUAUGGUGGAUAUCCACAAUUUCUUGAAUGAAGAAGCGUGGCAGGAAGUCUUGAAAUGGGAAUCCAAGUUCAAAUGUGAUUGUGCCGAGGAUCCUUAUUUGGCCAAAUUCCAAGGACGACCCAAAGAAGUAUCACCCAAGGCAAGAUGGCAUUCAUUCUGGGGUGUACCCAGACCGUUUGACCGACAUGAUUGGUAUAUCAAACGCUGCGAUCAAGAAAGAAGAUAUGUGAUUGAUUAUUACGAAGCACCUGAGGAAGUGCCAGGUGUCCCCGUUUUUCAUUUGGAUGUGCGUCCAGCAUUAGAUGAUAUGCCCAGUGUGAUGCUACGAUUUAAAGAGGCCGCCAAAAUGAAAUGGAAUCAAUGGUUCCCUUCUCCAGCCAACGACAGCAGUAAAGGAUGAGCACCUAUGAAACCUGUCAAAUUUCUGUUUGUUGUUUGUGUGGAGUUAAAUUCGAUGCAACCCAUUUUUUUUUCUUUUUUAUCUUGCCCUUUUUUUUU